UUCAGAAUUAUACAAAAAGACUUUUUUGGGGAACUCAACACGGGUAGCAAGAGCUGCUCUGCAGUGAUGGAGGUCGAUCUUGAAAGCGAUCCAGCACAUACCUCCACCCCUCCUGGCUCUCCACUCUCACUGCAGCUCAACCUGUCCAUCAGCGUUGAGACCAAGAGGAGGCUCAGAGCUGAUCUCUGAUGUGAACCAUCUGCCUCAUCUAUGACACGCCUCCCCGCCGUCUCGCUGUGCUUACAUGUGUGCUGGUCCAGCUCCUGCUCAUGAAUCCAUACUGCUGCUUGCUGAUCACGACAUCUGUCUUCACCCUAGUUUCAGAUGCUGUUUCCAUAUCAUCACACUGUAGUUGCUACAGCCUUGCACAUCAACCCUGUUCCCGUUCUCUACCUGAGCUCAGUUAAACAUGGAAAAACGUGAUUCUAUAAACGGGGUGGAUGAGGACUCUUGUAUAAAGUGCUGAGAGUAGACAGGCGGUGCAUGAGAGCCAGUCCAUGUACCAAAAUAUAAAUGUGUACGACUGCUUUUCUUCAUACGUUUAUUACUUCUAUCUGUAAUCGCUGUCAACAGGAAGUCCUAAAAACUCCCUGAAAAGCUUUGAGUUGAUCCAAAACGCCACAGUGAGUACUGGCAGGGAGCAGACUUCUCCUGUACUGGCUUCCUUUGAAGUUCUCCCAGUUUGGAUUCACCAUCUCUAUUUUUAAGAAACUUAAAAACAUUGCUUUUCAUAAAAUUACCACAAAAGAACUAAACGUGUUGGUUGAUUUUAUUUCUGUUGUAACAAUGUUUCUCUUAUUUGCCCAUAAAUAGUAACACAAUUACAAGGACAAUGCACCUGUGAGUUGUGGAGCAUCCAUGAAACACCAAGUUUUUUUCUACCAAUGUCACAUUUUCUGUUAUUGAUACGUGGGUGUUGUUUAUCAGAGGGGAUGACUGAAGUGAAGAAACUGUCUGGCACUACAUCAGUGAAAGUGAAUUCACUUCCUACUGGAACGAGCAUGGUUAUCUUGGAGGGUGGACGGUCCCCGGCUGGGUGGGAUUGUUGCAGAACAUCAUCACUAUCUCUGCACCGAGGAGCCUCCGGUGAUGACGAGGCUUGCUUUUCCACGGAGGGUGACAACAUCACACUGCUGUGACCCUGUCAGUGCACCAGUCAGCAUAGCGCUCUCUGCACAGCCUGUAUUUAGUUAAAUUACUCUAAUUUAGGAAUUGCUGUCGUCGUUAGCCUUGAAUGAUAGUAUAAUAAAAGUUGCACACUGUAACCACAGGAAACACCCACACAGGUGUUUAAUCUCGUUAUGUUUUUGCUUUUUUCAGAGGUUUGUCUUUAGAGCUUCCUUUAAAAUCAUUUCAUGCAGAGCAGAAAAUACUGCAAGAUCCGUGUGAAGGUCUGCACUUCUUUUACUCGCUGCAGUGUGUCACAACGUGUCUGCUUAGAGCAACUGCAGUCAGUUUGUACUUUGACCUGCUGAUCAGCUGAUAUCCUGUUUUUCUCGCCCGGCCUGAUGCAGGAAGUUUCAGGUUUGUUUCGGUUUUAAACGGGAGCACAGUGAAGCCAUGGACAGGCCCAUGUGUAUAGUGUUGAUUCUAAGCUUUCUUAACUUAUGGAAAGGUCUCGACGCUGUGGAACAAGGUGUGCUGAACUUUGUGGUGCUUGCAGACUGGGGUGGGCUGCCUUUUCCUCCUUACUACACUGCUCAAGAGAAAGAUAUUGCUGCAGAGAUGGAUAGACUGGCCCAAUCCGAGGGGGUGGACUUUGUUCUCAGCCUUGGAGAUCACUUCUAUUUUAGCGGCGUCAAGGAUGUGGAAGACCCACGCUUCAAGAACACAUUUGAAGGUGUCUUCUCGCAGCCAUCUCUACUGGAUAUACAGUGGUACCUAACUGCUGGAAACCAUGACCAUAUCGGCAACAUCUCAGCACAAAUGGCUUACUCUAACAUAUCCCACCGAUGGAAUUACCCAGCUCUUUAUUACGAUCUUCAGUUUACUGUUCCACACACAAACGUGUCAGUGAGCAUCCUGAUGAUUGAUACGGUGGUGCUCUGUGGAAACACCAAUGACCAGGUCCAGCCUGUGGGACCAGAGGACUCCACGGCAGCAGCAAACCAGUGGAACUGGAUCAGUGCUAAACUGGCCAGCAGCAGGUCUGACUAUGUGGUGGUGGCUGGUCAUUAUCCUGUGUGGUCUAUUGGCAAUCACGGACCUACAGCCUGUCUAGUCGACAAACUACGGCCUCUGCUGAAGAAGUACGGAGUCACCGUUUACCUGUGUGGCCAUGAUCAUGAUCUGCAGUUCAUCAGAGAGGAUGAUGGGAGCUCCUAUGUUGUCAGCGGGAGUGGGAUGGUCAGUGACCAUUCCACUCGUCACAUCAGCAGUGUCCCUCCGUCCUGGCAGCUCUUUUCCAGUCCUGUCAAUCACACAGCAGGAGGCCUGGCUUUCUUCCAAGUGACUGAGCGUCAGAUGACAGUCAGUUACAUGCAGACAGAUGGGAAAUGUGUUUACCAGGCUGAGCUGCCAAAACGCAAAGUCUGAGGCCGCAGAGAUCGGUAACCAUCAGGAGCAGCCAUGUUUGUGUCAUGUACUCUGGCACUCUGUAAAGAUAAAACCUUCAUUUUAAUUACAACUUUUAAUUAUUGUGAAAUUAAACAGCUGUUUAAUCAAUAACAGUUUCAAAUGUAAUGCUUUUCACUUCUAAUCUUUAUGAAUAGAUCAGCGUGUAUGUGUACAUACCUGCAUGUAGGGAAAUAUAUAUGAUGCCACAUCACAACAGCAGCCGCUUCAAGGCACUUUAUAUUGUACGUUAAAGGUGCUGCAAUAACACUGCAGUUACUUUGUUGAGUACUGUUGCUUCGGUUAUAGAAAAGCAGCCUGUGUGAAGAAUAACGUCCUCGUUACUAUUUUGUAACCAUCAGCAUUGUUUUCUUUGCUUUUGUUAAACAAAUUUAAUGUAAAUUCAGUUUCACAUUCAUAGUCACAGACGGUUUAAAAGUAAUUAAGCACUGAUCGGCUCCUGAUCAGUUAUCGAUCAGAUGCUGUGAUUGAUGAUGAUGAUGGUGAUAAUCAUCUAUAAUGAAGCUACCUGAUUGCGGCUGACGUCAAAGCUUUGUUCUUUAGAACAUGUGCAACGUUCCCUCUGGAAUCAAUAUGUUAGCACAAAGUAAUAGAAGUACUUGUUUUCUUGAAAUACACUUUCAACUUUUUUCUCAGAACGAUUGACAACAUUUUUCUCUUAAUGUGUCCCUAAUACGUCUUUGUAAUAUAUGGAGUCCAGUCCCACUGAUGAAUCCGAUAUAGUGUUUUUAAUCAAUAAAACUGUUUUUUAAUAUC